CUCAGUGAGUGUGAGAUCUAAUCUACAUCUAGAUAAUCAUAAUAGUAGAUUCUAGAUAUCUCUAUAUCUAGACUCUAUAGAUUUAAUAGAUAUCUAGAUCUAUAUACCUGAAAUUACCCAACUUUUUAAAAACAAUAAUUUUGAAUAAUGUCGUCUCAAGAAAUUAUCACCUUACAAAUUGGUCACUAUUCAAACUUUGUUGGAACGCACUGGUGGAAUUUACAGGAAUCAUCAUUUGUUUAUGAUCCAAAACUACUUGAAGGAUCCCCUAAAGAAAUUGAUCAUGAUGUAUUGUUUAGAGAAGGAAAAACAAUAAAGGGAGAUGUUACCUAUACUCCACGUUUAAUACUUUUUGACCUCAAGAACAGUUUAGGAACUCUUAAGAAAGAUGGUACACUAUAUGAUGUUGAAAGUGAAGAGAGUGUGAAUUGGGUUGGAGAUGUCACCUUACAUAAAGCACAAAGCUUAAAGAAAAAUAAAUUUCUUCAGAACCUUGAUGAGGAAUUAGUUAAGAAAAAUGAAGAUAUUGACUCUGAUGAUAUUGACAGUGAUCAGAAAGAAGGUACAGCAUCAUACAAAAUAAUUGAUCCAGUAUUUGGUAAAACACAUUACAAUCUUGAUAAUGUGGUAGAGGUUUGGUCAGAUUAUCUCCGGACAUCUUUUCAUCCCAGAUCUGUUUUUAUUUUAAAAGACCAUCUUCACAAUAACACAGAGUCUCCAUUUAAUGUAUUUGGCAUGGGUCAGCAAGUCUGUAAUAAUGGCGAGGAAUGGGAUGAAAUAGAAAAUAGGCUUCGAUUCUUUUCAGAGGAAUGUGAUUACUUACAGGGCUUCCAUAUACUGCUUGAUAGUCAUUCUGCAUUUGGUGGUUUAGCAUCAUCUAUUUUAUCCUAUUUAUCUGAAGAGUUUUCAAGCAAAUCAAGACUAAGUUUUGCAUUGACACCAGCCUGCUCAUCUGAUGGGACAGCCUUGGAGAGAUCUUGUAGAAUUUUGAACAGUGCUUUGAGUUUGAACUUUUGUUCUGAACACAGUGACUUGUAUGUUCCAUUAUCAUUAGCUUCUUCCUUGUGGAAAAGUGUGGGCUCACCACGUAUGUUGCCACAUCUUCAGUAUCAAGCAACACUUGAUUAUCACAGCAGUUCUAUUUUGGCUGCAAGCUUAGACACUGCUACAUUGCCAUACAGAAAAGAGAAAAGUGGUGUUAAAAUGAGUAACAUCACUUCAGCAUUUAAUGCUCUAGGACGGAAGGUUUCAGCCUUGUAUAGUAGCUUGCCAUUUCCUCUUAGAAGUGGUGCAAGUAUUGUUGAUACACUAAUGGAACUUGAAAAAACACAACCUUGGUCUUCAAUGACUCCACAUGUAAACUCUUCCUCACCCUGGCUUGAUAUGUGUGUAGCUCGUGGACUUCCAACCACUAUGAUAAAUAAAGAAUCUCACAAAGGUGACAGUGCAAAACAUUUUACAAGGUGUACAAGUAUUGAUGAUGUCAUUAGAAUAUAUUGCUCAGAAGUGUUCCCGAGUUCACAGAGUGCUAGUUUUGUUCUACGAGAUAGUGUUAAAGUGGGAUUACCCUUUCCACACAUAUUUGAUCCUCAUAUCAACCAUUGUGGGUUUAUUACAGAUACUCUUAGGCCAGCAUUAUCAGGUGUUGAAACUGUUCCCAUCAUGACCUCCUUGCAGUCUAAUCCAGAUGUUUUUAGUUACAUUGAAAGCCUGGAAAGUUGUGUCUCUAAAUUUAACAUAGCCAAGCAUCAACACUUUAUUGAAGCUGGCUUGGAGCCAGAUGAUUUCACUGAGAUGUUACAUAAUCUCAAAUCUUUAGCUCAAUGUUAUAAACACUUGGAAGAUCUAUAGCAGAUUUCAGUUACAAAAUCUUGAUAACCCAAUGUAACUUGGACUUAACUUUUUAUAUCAGCUCAAAGCAUUGCCACAAUUAUAUUGAUAAUCUUUUCUCUGACACAUUGUUGCAAUUUAGUGAAAGCCAGAGUAGUGAUAUUUAGCAGUGUUAUUUUUGUGUGAUAUUUAUGAAACAGUAUAAAAAUUGUUGUCUAAUGUAAGUGUUUUUUUUGUUUUAAUUUGUCUAAAAAUUGUUUAACCAUAAUCUUGAAAAAAGGAUCUAACAUAAAUGAGUUUGAGUUUUUGACAAAUCAGCACAAUUAAAAUGAAAUAGAUAAAAGUCUUUAAAGUCUUACAAAUUAAAUCAACAUCAGAUUUAAACUAAAAACAUUUUUUUAUUUACAAACAAAUUUUUAAAAAAUUGAGUCGUGUCAUACAUAACAAGUGAAACAUUGAUACCAAUACACUAAAUUAUCUGUAAUAAUAACAAAAAAAGUAAUAAUAAUAACAUGGUUAAGUUGAAAAGGUUUUAAAUCGUGUUGUUACAUUGUAUCAGAUUAUUUCUCUAAAUUAAAAAAAAAAAAAUACAAGGUCAAAAAAAAAUUGAACUUAUAUCCACUAGAAAUAAUUAUAAAACAUGCAUGGUUUGAAAUAGUUGUACUUUUAUUAAAUUAAGUUUUAGAUUUUCAAAUAUGAAAUCUAAAAUUAUUACGUGCAGUUCUUCACAAUAAGCAUUAAAACAUUAUUAUAUUAAAUGAAAGAUGAACAAUCUACUAGCUAACGAUUGAAACACUGGCUAACCGAGUUUUAUGAGAGAACAAGAAAAAAAACAACUAAAAAAUAAUUUUAAAAAAAGCUUAUACGAAGUGUAAUUGUAUCAAUUAGUUUAGAUCUGUCAUGUAAUUAAAUUUCAAAUAGAUCUAGACCAAUAACAAUAAAUUUGUGCAAUUAAUAA